AAAAGAGACAAACCAGUUUUUCUGUCUGCACUCUUACUACAUCACAUUACAUUACAUACACACACACCCUUCACUUCUGUCAGAAGAGCUAAGACAAUGUGUGAGUUUAAGGCACACACAUUGUUCCAUUAUUCUCUUUCUCUUUUUUCUGUCUAAGACCCACAAUGGCUCUUUCAAACUCCGAAGGAGUCUUUCACUUCAUCCUCUCUUCUUUCAGCUACCCUUUGCAACACAAAAGGUAGGAAGUAGAUAUUGACUGCUUCCUGGGUUCACAUACAAUGAAAUCAGGUUUAAAAAAUGGUUGGCCCUCUGUUGUGCGUCUUCGUCUCCGAGACAAAUCAGUGACACCCUUUUGCAUAUUCUCUAAAGUGAAAUCAGCUGGCAACAUACCUGGGAAUACACCUGUCUAUCUCAAUGUCUAUGACUUGACAACAGUAAAUGGCUAUAUGUAUUGGGCAGGCAUUGGUAUUUUCCACUCAGGGGUUGAAGUUUAUGGAGUAGAAUAUGCAUUUGGAGCCCAUGACUAUCCAACAAGUGGUGUCUUUGAGGUUGAGCCUCGACAGUGUCCUGGCUUUAAGUUUAGGAAGUCAAUAUUCAUGGGAACUACAAACUUAGAUCCCUUCCAGAUUAGAGAGUUCAUGGAGCGCCAGUCUGCAAAUUACAAUGGUGAUACUUAUCACUUGAUUGUGAAGAAUUGCAACCAUUUCUGUGAGGAUAUUUGUUACAAGCUAACGGGCAAUUCUAUACCGAAAUGGGUCAAUCGUCUUGCAAGAAUAGGUUCCUUGUGCAACUGCAUACUCCCUGAUGCUCUUAAAACUUCCACUGUUCAGCAUGAUGAUCCAAACUUUCAAGGGUGUGAUAGUGAGAAAAGAAGACUACGAACUGCCUUCAGUUGCUUGUCGUCAAUCUCAAUGCCUCAGAAGGAAGUGUCAAUGUCUUCAUUAUUUAUGCACUCUCACUAUAAAGGUUGCCUACCACCAUGGGAGUUAAAGAAGUCUAAAAAGGGCACACUAAAGCAAAAGUUAGAAGACUAGUUCACUUCUCAGUAACUCUUCUCUGCUGUAGAGUAUCCAUUUCCUUUCUGGUAACUGAAUCACUUGAAAGAAAUUAUUGCUUUCAGUCACACCUGUGCAAGUGCUCUUCCUCAACUACAAAUUUUUCUGUCAAUAUUUAUUUUGAAUGUUCAAGCUCAUGGCUUUGUUGCUUCUUUUUUCUUUCCCUCUUUCUUUGUUUCUAGUUUUUGCUUGUAAUCUUUGUUUGAUUGUGAAUCUAUGUCAGAUAUAUUGCUGUGUCAAUUCAAUUUUUCAAAGCUGGA